AGGUUACACUUUGAUUGCGAAAGAGGGUUGUUUGGCGGUGUAUAACAGCGACGAUCUAAAAUCGAUUCUCUCUAUAAUCGAUUCUAUUUUUUCUACAAAACGAAAAAUGAAAACGCAGUUAUAGACUCACUCUAUCUCUACUCUCUCUCUCUCUCUCUCUCUCUCUCUCUCUCUCUCUCUUUCUCUUUCAUUAUUCAACGCCGCCGUUUUGGAAAGGGGCAAAUAAUUUACGCGCAAUUACACGAUUUUGCCACCAAUUUUUUCUUCACCUGAUUAAAUUGGGGAAAUCAGAUCUCAGCAGGAAAUUUCUUUUGAGAAUAAAGAAACAGAGUAUAGUGUAGUGCCUCUUGAUACUGCUCUGAAUUAGUUGAAUGGCGGAGAAAGCAUGCGUUAAGCGUCUUCAGAAGGAGUAUAGAGCCCUUUGUAAAGAGCCAGUUUCUCAUAUUGUGGCUCGCCCUUCACCAAGUGAUAUUCUUGAGUGGCAUUAUGUAUUGGAAGGAAGCGAGGGAACACCUUUUGCAGGUGGAUAUUACUAUGGAAAAAUUAAGUUUCCUCCAGAAUAUCCAUAUAAACCUCCUGGAAUCAGCAUGACAACACCUAAUGGAAGGUUCAUGACACAGAAAAAGAUCUGUUUAUCAAUGAGUGAUUUUCAUCCUGAAACUUGGAAUCCAAUGUGGUCUGUAUCAAGCAUACUUACCGGGCUUCUUUCAUUCAUGAUGGACACCAGUCCAACCACUGGCAGUGUAACCACCACUACUGCCGAGAAGCAGCGUCUAGCAAAAUCUUCACUCGCUUUCAAUUGCAAAAAUGCAACAUUCAGGAAAAUGUUCCCCGAGUACGUUGAUAAUUACAACCUGCAGCAAGAGCAAGCUGCUUCAGAACAGCAUGCCUCAUCAGAGUCUCAUCAGGAUAAAAGUUCAAGGUCUGUUUCAGAAACGAAUUUAGACUCAGCCGGAGAAGACAUGAAAAAGGUAGAAGGAUUGAAUGCUGUGAGGAGAAACAAAAAACAACCAUUUCCAACAUGGUUGAUGUUUUUGCUCUUCUCCAUCUUUGGAGUUGUUAUGGCAUUACCUCUGCUUCAGCUGUGAAUCUCUUACGGGUAUAAGAAUCCGUAAAGGGUUUUCAUGGUACUAGUUCUUUAUGUUCUGCUUAGGUUGUCAUGUCUAACAGGAUUUGUAUAGGAAAUAUUGGACAUGGAGGCUGUGUUAAAGAUAUGAUUUUACUCCUUUGUGUCUAUGUUGCCACUUGUCAUGUCAUGAUGUUCCUCUUAUAAUGUUUUUGAGGCUUGUCUUCUUCUAGUCUUGGUUGGUUAAAACACUGUUUGACUAUGGACUCCAUUAUAGUAUACACUCUACUCUAGAAUGGAUAUAUUAUAUAUAUUAAGAGUUUUUUCAAAAA